UUUUUUUUCCAAAAGAAGCAUAUUCACCAUAAAUAUGUUCAUGGUUUGUACAUAGUGUUUCUAUACAGUCACCGCCACCAUGUUAUGACGUUUUUUGAUGGAUUGUUAUUUCUUGUUGUUGCUUUUUGGACACAUGUGUACUUGACUACUCAAAAGAUUUGGUUUUCUCCCACAAUACUUAUUACUGGUUAGGUAUUUUUCUAUAAAUAAGCACACCAGUGCUUGUUGCUUGGAAAGAUUUAUUUUAGCUACCUUCUUUUAUUACAGUACAAAACAGUUAUUUAUUAAGAAAUAAAAUGGAGACAUCGAAGUAGAAUUUCGAAACCGCACAUUAUUAUGCUGUGACGAUAAAAAAAAAAACGGUAGAACCACCAAAAACAUUCGGUUAUACUUUCGAGCGGAUAUAUUUAGUGGAAUAUAGCGUGAGGUAAAUUUUGAAGUGUGUGUCUAAUCGAUGUCCUUGAGUUCAACAUCUUCGACGAUCAGGUGAAAACUGCACGAAGUCAUGCGGAGCUCUGAAUACUUUGGUGUUUCGAAACAGUUGAUAAGCUGAAACUCGUAAAACCACCGCCAUUGCGAUCAAAUAGAGAGAUGUGUAAAAUCUAGCUACGACAUAAGUAAUUUCCUACAAAGUUAAGUAGUUGCUAGCUAUAUACAAUAAAUUAGUGAUUUAUUGUAACGUCAUAAUGAGGUCCAAAUUCCUACAUUCCGACAUUAAUUUUCUCAGAUUUAUUUCGUGAUUCUUAGGCACUUCAAGGUAAACGAGAUUCCUCACGGUUGCCAAUCCCUGGAUAGAACUUGGCGAAAGGUCUCCAACUCUCCAUGGAUUUUGGUCACGGCCUCUUUAUCCUGAUCUUGCUAUCAGCUAAUAAAACUCAGAUAAAACUAUCGUGUUUGCAUUGUGUUGCCUAGAAGCAGCAUAAUCAGAUUUUCAGUGGAUUACAGCAACAACAAUUUCUGGUUCUUAGAUGGCGCAGUAGUCGUCUUCAAUUUCAUUCGCCAACAGAGGACUCUGCACUCUGGUGAUCCGAUGAGUGUCCCACUGGCCCUGAAUAAAGUAUUAAAGUAUGCAAUGGCAACGAAGAAAACAUUGAGUGAAAAUUCAGACAACAAACGCGUGUAUAUGGUCGUUCCGUAUUAAGAUUAAGAAAUUUUGUUGUGAAAAUGUCGUCAUCCAAAGUGGUCCCUAUCCUUUCAACCGCGGGUGCUAUCCCUGUGAAAAAUGACAAAGGGGAGAUAUCUAUGCAAAAAGUUAAAGUCAAUCGUUACGUAUCAGGCAAACGACCAGACUACGCUACUACACAUUCAUCUUCAGAUGAUAGUGAUGAAGAAGAGUUUAUCAGACCAAGAAAGCAGGCAAGAGGAAGACCAGUAGAAGAAAGUCCUGAAAAAGAAUGGGACGAAACCCCAGAUCUUCCACUUACUGCUCACAGUGACAGAAGAUUAAAACGUCUUUUAAAUCGUGAAGUUGACGACCAUAGAAUUGAAAGGCAUCGUCAUAUCCAUGAGCCUGAAAUUAUUGGAACAGAAGAAGAUGAAGUUACACCUCAUUUAGAAAGUGAAGAAGUAAAUUUUAGCAAAAAUGCCCGAAGAUGGGAAUCAAGUGAAGAAGAGGAUGAGGCAGAAGAUCUUGAUGAAGAUGACAUUGAGCGCAGAAGAAUGAUUGCACGUCAGAAGGCUGUUAUUAAACAGCAAGAAGAAGAGUUGUUGGCAAGAGAGGAGGAAAAGGAAAGCGAGGAAGAUGAAGAUGACGAAGCUUCAGAAUAUGAAGAAUAUACAGAUUCCGAGGAAGAAACGGGUCCAAGACUGAAGCCCAUUUUCGUUAGCAAGAAAGAACGUAUAACCAUAGCUGAGAAGGAAAAGGAAUUGCAAAAACAAAAGCUUAUGGAACUCGAAGCUAAAAAGCUUGCCGAAGAACGUCGCCGCUAUACCUUAAAGGUUGUUGAAGAAGAAGUCAGAAAAGAAAUGCAAGCCAAAGACGAAAAAGACCUUGAAUCCGGAAUUUUGUCGGUGUUGACGGAUGCCGAGGAUGAAGAACUCGAAUACGAGACCUGGAAAUUACGUGAACUUAAACGCAAUAAGCGUGACCGAGAUGAAAGAGAAGCAGAAGAAAGAGAACGACAAGAAAUCGAACGUAUCCGUAAUAUGACCGAAGAAGAACGGCGACUGGAAUUCAAGAACAAUCCGAAGGAAGUCACCAACAAGGCACCAAAGGGCAAAUAUAAGUUCCUACAAAAAUACUAUCAUCGCGGUGCCUUUUACCUCGACGAAGACAAGGAAGUUUUCAAACGCGAUUUUGCUGUACCAACUCUUGAAGAUCACUUCGAUAAGACUGUUCUGCCUAAAGUGAUGCAAGUUAAGAAUUUCGGUCGCAGUGGUCGAACCAAAUACACACAUUUGGUGGAUCAAGAUACAUCACAAGCCGACGCACCAUGGGCCACCCAUACUGCUCAGAAUUUGAAAUUCUACACACAGCAUGCUGGUGGAGUAAAACAAGUGUUCGAAAGACCUGCUUUGAAGAAGAACAAUAACUCGGGUACUUGAGUUUUGGCACUGUUUUUGAAUUUGAAAUUGAAUUUUGUAACACUGUCUCAUCUUUGUGGUUGAUACAUGCAAACCAUCAAUCGUACGUGAAUUAAACAUGUUUCCAGACA